AUGGACGUUGCGCAGGCCGUGGGCGGCUACAUCACCAAGAUCGUGACGCAUGGUAGCGACACCACGUCAACUAAAAUGAAGACGUUGCUCCUAGAUCGCGAAACGGUCGCAAUAAUCUCAACUGCCGUUACUCAGUCGUCUCUACUCAAUCACGAGGUGUAUUUGAUUGACCGCUUGGACAAUGCAAGUCGCGAGAAGAUGCGUCAUCUUCGCUGCCUCUGUCUCGUGCGCCCAUCACCCCAGACAAUACAGCUGCUCAUUGAUGAACUACGCGAUCCCAAAUACGGAGAAUACUACCUUUAUUUCACCAAUGUGGUCAAAAAGUCGGCUCUCGAGCGUCUCGCUGAGGCCGACGACCAUGAAGUCGUCAAGUCGGUCCAGGAGAUAUUUACUGAUUACACUGUCAUCAACCCUGACCUGUUCUCCCUUGGUAUCACAUUACCUCAACAUCGAAUAUGGUCCGCUAGUCCAGAUACGUGGAACCCGGACACCCUUCAACGAUGCGCAGAAGGUCUCAUUGCCGUGCUUCUUUCACUCAAGAAGAAGCCGCUCCUGAGGUACCAGAAGAGCAGUCCCUUGGCCAAGAAACUGGCUUCAGAGGUGAAGUACCUCAUGACGCAGGAGGAACAAAUCUUCGACUUUCGUCGAGCUGACACGCCGCCUAUUCUGCUAAUACUGGAUCGACGCGAGGAUCCUGUGACGCCCUUGCUGACGCAGUGGACUUACCAGGCUAUGGUCCAUCACCUUCUGGGGAUUCAGAAUGGCCGGGUAGACUUGAGCGAGGUGCCAGACAUCCGUCCCGAGCUCAAAGAAAUUGUCCUGUCCCAGGAUCAAGAUCCAUUCUUCAAGAAGAAUAUGUAUCUCAACUUUGGCGAGCUGGGGGGGAAUAUCAAAGACUACGUCGAGCAGUACCAGUCCAAAACCAAGAACAGCACAGACAUCGAGUCUAUCAACGAUAUGAAGCGCUUCAUGGAGGAAUACCCCGAAUUUCGCAAGCUGUCUGGCAACGUGAGCAAGCAUGUUACCCUUGUGGGCGAGUUGAGCAGACGAGUUGGCGAGGAGGAUUUGCUUGAGGUCAGUGAACUCGAGCAAAGUUUGGCUUGCAAUGACAACCAUAAUGCCGACUUGAAGAACAUUCAGCGCUUGAUACAGACAGCGAGCGUCAGCGCUGAAAGUAAGGUCCGGCUGGUAGCAUUAUAUGCUCUGCGACACAGCAAACACCCCUCCAACUCGGUCCCAAUGCUCAUGGACCUCUUGACUGCUGCCGGAGGAGUCGCACCACGCCAAGCCAAUCUCGUCAAUCAUCUCACAGCAUACCAUAGCUCGCUUCACUCCUCUCAAUCACAAGGGGGUAUUUCGGACAUCUUUGACUCGGCAGGGAUCUUCUCGGGAGCAUCGAAUCGAUUCAAAGGGCUCAAAGGUGUAGAGAACGUGUACACUCAACACACACCAUUGCUGGAAACUACACUGCAGGAUCUAGCCAAAGGCCGGCUGAAAGAGCAGCAUUACCCUUUUGUGGAAGGCGGCGGCUCGACCAGAGACAAACCUCAGGAUGCCGUGAUUUUCAUUGUCGGGGGUGCCACCUACGAGGAAGCAAAAAUGGUCACAAGCAUCAAUGCUUCUACGCCAGGUGUCCGCGUGGUUCUUGGAGGUGGAAUCGGCAAAGGCACAAUCAUUCGAGAAAUCGAUGCGCUGGACGGCCUAGCGGGGAGAGUCGUUGAUAAGUCAGGCGUGCAAUUCCACGUUCUGAAUCGGAGAAAGGGUCCGGCUGUCUGGGGUCCGCGCGCCCAAAUCGACCGCAGCCUGUAUAAAAAGCAUAUGAGGGCCGAACUCGAAGCAUAUUCAAAUCUUACAAUCAUCCUCGACAGCGCAUCCGACAUAAUUCUUUCCGAAGAUCACGACACCGACUCGAAAAACAAGAUUGCCGGGGUGAGGCUAGACUCGGGCAGCAUCCUCUCCACGACCAGUGCCGUCAUCACUACAGGCACUUUCCUGGGCGGAGAAAUACACAUCGGACUGCAAGUCUACCCAUCGGGGAGGAUGGGAGAGGCAGCGACUUUUGGUUUGAGCAAAUCGUUGAAGGAUGCCGGGUUUCAACUCGGUCGCCUCAAGACAGGGACACCGCCGAGGAUAGACAAAAGGACAGUCAAUUGGGAUAUUUUAGAGACGCAGUACGGUGAUGAUCCGCCGACCCCUUUCAGCUACCUAAACGACACGGUUGCUGUGCGCGACCAGUUGACCUGCAGCUUGACAUACACGAACGAGGCCACGCACGAUGUGGUCCGCGCGAACCUUGACAAAACCAUACAUAUUCGAGAGACUGUCAAGGGGCCGCGCUACUGUCCCUCAUUAGAGUCAAAGGUCGUUCGAUUUCCGGACAAGACCCGUCAUCUCGUCUGGCUGGAGCCCGAAGGUUUCGAUAAUCCAGUCAUCUAUCCAAAUGGGCUAUCGAUGACCAUUCCAGAGGAAGGGCAAGAACAAGCGUUGAGGACAAUCAAAGGUCUGGAGAACGUCAAAAUGCUACAGCCUGGAUAUGGUGUUGAGUACGAUUACGUUGAUCCCCGGAUGCUGAAAUCAACUCUCGAGACCAAGGCUAUUGGCGGCCUGUAUUUAGCUGGUCAGAUCAACGGCACGACUGGAUAUGAAGAAGCAGCUGGCCAGGGCAUUGUUGCGGGUAUCAACGCUAGCCGUGCGGCUCGUGGACUUGCGGGAGUUUCGUUGUCACGAUCCGAUGGGUACAUCGGCAUCAUGAUUGACGACUUGGUAACCAAGGGUGUCACUGAGCCAUAUCGCAUGUUCACGUCUCGUAGUGAAUUCAGAAUGGCUGCGCGCGCUGACAACGCCGACCUGCGCUUGACGACAAAAGGGCGGGAGUGGGGCGUUGUAUCUGAUAAGCGAUGGAGUGCGUUCAGCGAAGAAAAGAGCGAGAUGGAGAGUCUAACGAAUAGACUUGAGUCGAUGUCUCUCAGCUGGAAAGAGUGGGCGGACUUUGGAAUUAUUGCCAAGAAAGAUACCAGUCGCCGAACAGGUCUCGACAUCCUCAGAACACCUCAGGUCAUUGGUCUCAGCAACAUUGAGCGGCUCAAGGCGGCUUUUCCGGACAUCGAUCGAUUUACCUCCCGUAUCUUUGAGCGGGUCAACCUACACGCCAUGUAUGCACCUUACAUCAAGAUGGCUGCUUCGAGCCAGCAGAAAAUGGCCAAGGACGAGCAAAUGAGGCUGCCAUUGGAUCUUGACUACAACAAAAUCUUAGGCCUGUCCAUUGCUGAGCGUCAGGCCCUGUCCGCCACGCGACCGGAAACCAUGGCGCAAGCUCGCCGCGUCGAAGGAGUCACGCCGUCAGGGUGUCUCCGACUUCUUCGAUACGUGUAG